AUGAAGGGCGGUUCUGACCACACAAUGGCUCCGUCCGAGCAGUCAGCCAUUGCCUCAGUCGUCUCAUGUGAACCCUCACCAGAUGGCAAACCUCAAGCUGAGCAUGCAGACUACCAGCAAACUCACCUCCGAAAGCGCUUCACACUUGUAUCAACAAUCGCAUUCGGUUUCACCACUAUGAUCUCCUGGGUAGCUUUUGCCUCAGGUCUCGCCGUUCCUCUCUCAUGCGGUGUUGGACCAACUCUCAUUUACGGUCUUCUCGUCGGGGGUAUAGUCAUGAGUAUCCUCGCAGCAGGAUAUGCUGAACUCGCUUCGGCGUUUCCAUCUGCUGGCGGUCAGUAUCAUAUAGUGUACAUGACGUUCCCAGCUUCAACCCGUCGAUUCGCUGCGUUCUUUACAGGAUGGAUGUCAAUUCUAUACACUAUGGGAGCUACAGCGUCAUGCAGCUUCUUUGUUGCACAGUCUAUCUUGAACCUGGUCACGUUAUGGCACGAGACCUACGUCGCUCAGAACUGGCAUGUAUAUCUCGUCUACAUCUGUCUGUGUACCAUUGCCUUUCUGGCUGCAUCACGAUUCCCAGCUGCUACCGGAAGUAUCGGAGUAUCAGUGUUCUGGCUGUCGAUCAUCGGCUUUAUCGCGUCGCUUGCAACACUACUAGCUGUGCAAGAAGUCAAGCAGCCCGGCAAAUUCGUAUUUACGGAAUUUAGGAACGUUUCUGGGUGGACCGAUGGAUGGGCUGCUAUGAUCGGUCUCGCGAGUUGCCUCUGGGCUUAUUGCGGUAUCGAUGCUCCAAGUCAUCUAUCAGAAGAGGUCGACAACCCGAGCCAAAACAUUCCCAUCGCCAUCGGCGCGACUAUCAUACUGGGUAUUAUCACCGUGAUUGCUUGGAACGUCGGUCUUAUGUAUGUCAUCAAAGACGUUCAAGGACUUAUUGCUUCGGGUGCUCCGAUCAUGGAAGUGUACAAUCAGGCUCUGGGCUCGAAGACUGCAACGACGAUCUGGGCGAUUUACUACCUCCUCGUUUUCUACCACAUCAUUCUCAACCUUUUCGUCUUUUCUUCACGCAUUCUGUGGUCAUUCGCACGAGACGGCGGUGUUCCUUGUUCUCACUAUGUUUCUCGCCUCAGAUGGUCCAACCCAGUCCGCGCAACGGCCAUCAUGCUCGUCCUCCAGAUCAUCAUCGGUAUCCUCUACAUCGUUUCCAAAACAGCUUAUAGUAGCUUCAUCAACCUGACCCUAUUUGCACUAAACAUCACCGUGGUUUUGCCUCAAUCUGUGUUAUUAUUUACCGGCCGCGACUCACUGCCAAAGCGGGCUUUCUCGUUGGGCAGAUAUGGAUACGCUGUCAAUGGCUGGCAACCAUCUUCAUGCUCUUCUUUAGUGUUGUGUUUGCAUUUCCUGUUGCUAAGCCUGUUACUAGAAGUUCUAUGA